AUGUACAGAGUGGUCCCCCAUUCCGCGUGGUCAACGCUCUGCACCCGCUGCUGGCGCAAGCAGCAGCAGCAGCUCCUGUUGCUGCUGCAGAAAAGACAUCUUGCGGCCGCCGCCGUCGAGUCCCCGAAGCUUGGAGCUGCUGCUGCUGCUGCCUUCAACCCCGCCCUGCAUUCCGCUCCGGGUGCGGGCUGGGAGGACAAGACCUUGAGGGACAUCUUCGACAACCCCUCCAUCUGGCGCGACUUCUCCGCCAAAUCCCACAACCCCACAGCCCAGCACACCGGCCUCUUCCAGAACAAAGACCUCACCUCCGCCGCCGGCUUCAAAGACUACGCCGACCGCACCCUCCAGAAGGCCAAGCGGCAAGUCGACAAGAUCCUCAAUGCCUACACGCCCGACGAGCUUGUCCGCGUCGUGCGGGACCUCGACCGUCUGAGCGAUCUGCUGUGCCGAGUCAUCGACAUGUCCGACUUUGUGCGGGCGACGCACCCAGACCGCAAGAUCGUCGUGGCGGCGCACGAAGCCUACACCGUCAUGUACGAGUACAUGAAUGUCCUCAACACCACCACGGGUCUCUACGACGCCCUGAAGCGGGCGCUGGACAACCCAGAGGUUGUGGCAAAGUUCUCGGACGAGGAGCGGGCGGUUGCGACGAUCCUGUACAAGGACUUUGAGAAGAGUGGCAUCAAUCUUCCGGCCGGGGCCAGGCGGAAGUUCGUCGAGCUGUCCAACGAGAUUGCGGAGCUGGGCCCGCAGUUUAUCAAUGAGAUGGCGCCGGAGACGCAUUUUCUGACGUUUGACUCGGCGCGGUUGAGGGGGAUGGAUCCUAUGGUUGUGAGGGAGCUCACGAAGCGGGGGAAGGUGACGAUUCCUACGAUUGGGAUGGCGGCGAACCAUGCCAUACGAUCAGUAGAGGAUGAAGAGGUGAGGAAGGAGAUAUAUAUAGCUGGCCAUACGAGUAGCGCCCGGCAGAUAGGUGUUUUGGAGGAGCUAUUAAAGCGAAGAGCAGAACUUGCGGUCUUAGUAGGGCGUGAGACCUAUGCAGAGGUCGCAUUGACAGACAAGAUGGCGUCCUCUCCAGAAGCCGUAACCAAAUUCCUCAACGCCCUCGCAGACGCCAACCGCCCCGCCGCCCAGUCAGAACUCGACGGUCUGGCACUCCUUAAAAAACAGUCCGGCCAAUCAUUACCCCUCCAACCCUGGGACAAAGACCUCUACACCGCCCGAAUGAUGCACGCCAUCCGCUCCCGCCGCCGCGGCUCCGACAUCCUCUCAUCCUACUUCUCCCUCGGCACCGUCAUGCAGGGCCUCUCCCGCCUCUUCAACCGCCUCUACGGCGUCCGCCUCGUCCCGCGCGAGACCCUCCCAGGCGAAACCUGGAACGACGACGUCCGCCGCCUCGACGUGAUCGAUGAGACCGACGGCCACAUCGCCGUCGUCUACUGCGACCUCUUUGAGCGCGCCGGCAAGAACCCCAACCCCGCGCAUUUCACCCUGCGCUGCUCGCGCCAGAUCAGCGACGAGGAGUACCUCGCCGAGGCGCUCGAGGGCGCGCGCGAAGACGACGGCAUGGCCUCCGUCCGCCGUCCCGACGGCACCCUCUACCAGCUCCCCACCAUCGCGCUCAUCUGCGACUUUGCGCGCGGGAACCCGGCGCUCCUCAACUUCCGCGAGGUGCAGACGCUCUUCCACGAGAUGGGCCACGCCCUGCACUCCAUGCUCGGCCGCACGGCGCUGCACAACGUCGCGGGCACGCGCUGCGCAACGGACUGGGCCGAGCUGCCAAGCGUGCUCAUGGAGCACUUUGCACGGGCCCCCGAGGUGCUGGGCUUGUUUGCAAGACACCACCAGACGGACGAGCCGCUGCCGAUGCAGCUGGUUGCGGAGCGGUUGCAGCAGGAGGAGCUGAUGCAGGCGAUGGAGACGCGCACGCAGAUAUUGCUCUCGCUGCUGGACCAGCGGUAUCAUUCGGGGCUGCCGCUGCAGCGCGGGUUCGACUCCACGGCCGUGUACCACGAGGUUGAGGGGCGGUACGGGCUGCUGCCAGCGGCGCGGGGGACGUCGUGGCAGGGGUUCUUCGGGCACCUGUUUGGGUAUGGGGCGACGUAUUAUGCGUAUCUGUUUGACCGGGCGAUUGCGGCCAAGAUAUGGAAGGACGUGUUUGAGCAGGACCCGCUACGGAGGGACUCGGGCGAGCGGUAUAAGGAGGAGGUGCUGAGGUGGGGGGGCGCGAGGAGCGGGUGGAGGAGUUUGGCGGGGGUGCUGGGGAAGGCGGAGUUGGAGGAGGGGGGGAGAGGGCGAUGGUGGAGGUGGGGGAGUGGGGGAGGGAGCUGA